AUGGAUCACGACCAUGUAAUCACUAUCGACCUCGGGAAGCCAGAGGAGUACGACCAAUCUACCGAGGACAUCACGCCGAGCCCAACGCCACGGCCGGCCUCCGAUCAACGAAACCAGGGUCCUCGGUACGCAGCUUCGACCAAGUCCUGCUUCUUCUGCCGGAACACGCUUCUACUAAGCUACUUCAACUGCUGCGCCGUAUGUCUCGGCACCAUCGAGCGCAGCCAGAGCCGCAAUAAGACCGACAACCAUAACAACAACAGCAGCAGCAACAACGAAAGGCCAACAUCAGACUCCCUACCCCUACCUGUCACGCAGUCCCGAGAACCCUCAGGAUCGCCAACAACAACACCACCCCCCUAUUCCUCCUCCUCCUCCUCCUCAGACACGGAAAACGACUACAAACCCCCCCACUGCCCCAGCCCCUACUGCCGAUACACGCACGCCCGGCCGCUCAUGCUUCUCUUCGCGCUCGGCGAAGCGGCGCAGUUCCGGUUCGCGGGCAUGCUGGCGCUGCAGUGGUGGCAGAUCUUCGUGCUGCCGCGGCAGUGGGCGCGCGGCCGCUCCGUCGUCGUCGCCGGCCAGCUUGUCGCGUGCCUGUUUAUGGUGUGGUUCUACGUCGAUGGGAGCCCGAGUUGGAGGUGGUGGGAGCCGCUUGCUGUUAGUACGGUGUUGUUGAAGAUUGUGUUUCCUUGGUAG